GAAAAACGCAGAGGAGAGAGGGCUGAGAAAAAGCAAGGAGAUCUACCAGAACAGGAGAAUUUUUUUUUUAAAAAAGAAUAAUAAUUAAGAUCUCCUUACUUCUUCAGUUCUUCACUCCGAUCAGAUCCGACCGCCCCCACGCCGUCACGCCGGCCGUUGAUUCUCCGUCUGUCAAGUUCUCCGGGUUUUCUCACCCUCAUUUCGUUAUAUAUUACACUAGCAAUCUUCGAUUUCACCUUAAAAUUCUGGUAUCUACGUCUCAUUUGUUCGCUCGUUUUAUCUCUCGGUUGCUUCCCGAUCGGAUUUUGAAAAUGUCUUUUGGGUAGUUCUGAAUUUUGUUUAGAAUUUGGGCGGUGAAUUGCGGGAAUUUGAUUGCGCAUUUUGAUAAAGUGAUUUGAGGUGUUAAUUUGAUGAGAUUUUGAGGGUUUCUGGAUAUUUUUGAUAUGGCUUCGGCUCAGGUGUUGCCUAAUCCACGGAAGCACGAGCAUCUGGAAGCUGGAAAACGUCGGCUUGAAGAAUUCCGCAAGAAAAAAGCUGCAGACAGGGCCAAGAAGGCUGCAUCUAUUAGCCAACCUCAUAAUCGGUUAGAAAUUGAAAAUGGACAAAUCUUUGAUGUGGAUGGUGUUGUUACAUCAGAUGGACCCUCUACUGCAACAACUAACAACGACAGCAGCAUCAAAGCAAUUGAAUUUGCCAAUGAAACGCAGCCAGUUUUCUCAAAUGAGACACAGGCUAGUCCAAGCUUUUCAGGGGAUGGUUAUAGUUCGUCUUCUGCAGACUUUCAGUCAUAUGCAAAUCAUAAAGAAAUUCAGAAAUAUAAUGCUUCAGCAAAUGGAUCAUUGGAUAUAAAUUAUAGCUCAGGCACAAAACAAAUGGCUAAUGACUGUGAAACAAAUGCUAAUUCUCUAGACACUGUUGCACAUGGGCAUACAUAUGACCAUCUUAUUGGUGUACACAGACAAGAAAGCCAACCUUAUGAUAACAAUUCUAGUCAAUCUAGCUUUUCUGGGAGUAGGGACUCUGACUUAAAAGAAAAAGACAAUUCUUUGAAGGUUUCUUCGGUCGUAAGUGCAAUAUCUUCUCAAGAUUUUCUGACAAAAUUAUCCUCUCACAGUUCACUGCAAAGUAAGCCCAGUAAUGUCAGCUCACUUGGUAGUGACCAUGCACUCUCAUCUUUGUAUGAAGAUUCUGUUCAAUCUACCACCAGCAUGAGAGGGUCUUCCCCUGAAGUUAGUGAAAACAUGCUUGUCAUGACAGAGUUAACCAAACCUAUGAUUUCUAACCUGGGGGAAGAAAAGCUAGGUAGCACAACUAGUGGCUUCCCUAGCAUGCAAAUGUCUGAAUCUUCAGGAUUCAGUUUUGAUGUCACAAAUUCCUCAAGUCAAAUGCCACUAUAUCCAGUCACAAAUGACACUAGUUCACAUAGAUCUCGUCCAUCUUUUCUUGAUUCUCUUAAUGUUCCCAGAUCUUCAUCAGGGUCCCCUUUCCAGCAUAAUGAACUUGGAAAGGAUUCAUUUGUCUUCAACAGUUCACAAUUUAACAGCACAGUUGUCCCAGGAUCAUCUCUUUUUCAGAAGCCAUCAUCAGAGACUGAAACUAAUUACUUAAAGCUGGGAACUUCUAAUGUUCCUGGUGCAAAUGAGCAGCCUGUGAAUUCUUCUAUUUCUGCUAGUAAUGGAAGUGACCUGUUGAGGUUGAGUUUUAACGAGAUGAAUAGUAUGGAGAAGAAGUAUGACUUCUACUCACCCCAACAGAAUGAAGAUUUUACUGCUUUGGAACAGCAUAUUGAAGAUCUGACACAAGAAAAAUUUUCAUUGCAACGAGCUCUUGAGGCUUCACAAGCCUUAGCGGAAACUUUGGCUGCUGAAAAUUCAUCCUCGACAGAUAAUUAUAAUCAACAGAGGAGUAUUGUCAAUCAGCUAAAGUCUGACAUGGAGAAGUUACAAGAAGAAAUCAGGGCCCAACUGGCAGAACUUGAGUCCUUUAAAAUGGAAUACACAAAUGCACGGUUAGAAUGUACUGCAGCUGAUGAACGUGCCAACAUAUUGGCUUCUGAAGUUAUUGGCUUAGAGGAGAAGGCACUUAGACUACGGUCAAAUGAGUUAAAAUUGGAGAGGCAAUUGGAGAACACACAAGCUGAAAUCUCUUCUUACAAAAAGAAAAUGUCUAGCCUAGAGAAAGAGUGUCAAGAUUUGCAGUCAACUAUUGAUGCUCUUCAAGAAGAGAAGAAGGUCUUGCAGUCUAAGGUAUGGAAUGCUUCAUCCAGUGGGAAAUCUAUUGAUAUUACUAAGAGUGCUGCAAGUAGGAAAGAUAUGUCAACUUCUACUGAGGAUCUAGCAGAUACUGAUGCUAUUUCAGCCACAUCCAAUGAAGAAAUGCACAAUUCUACUUUGCUUCUUGGAAGUGGUGCAUCUACUUUCACCAUGGUGCCUGAAAAUGGAGAGUUUUCAUUUGAAGCUUUAUCUGUUAAUAUUCCUCCUGAUCAAAUGAGAAUGGUUCAAAAUAUUAAUGCUCUAAUUUCUGAGUUAGCUUUAGAGAAAGAAGAGCUGACACGAGCUUUAUCAUCUGAAUUUUCUCAAAGUACUAAGCUGAAGGUAAUGUGCUCUCUCUCAUUGGUGGGAUCAUUCCGGUUGCAUUUUCCUAUCAUGAUUUCUGGAUUUUCCUGGUCAUACACUGGAGUGCCCUUGAGCUAUGUGUGUAUAACAGCAUGACCUAUCAUGCUACUUGUACUGAAAUAUAUAGGUUGCUAGACAUAUAAACUUUGUGCUGAGCAGGAGCAUACUUUUUUUAACCCAAAAAACAUGGGGGAAUUUUUAAUGUUUUGAAGUAUAUAAUAUUUGUUAGUAGUAUUUCAAAAUAGUUGAUCUAACCCUCUAGAAGCUUUAGAUUUUGAUAUUGUAGACAAUCCAGAAGCUCUUUUUA